UAUGUAUACCAAAUAUGAUUAUGAUAAGAUAUUAUGUCAUUUGACAUACUAUGCCAACAAUAGUAACACAUAUGUGUGUGUAUAUAAUAUAUGAAACACAAAAUCCAAUAACAAAGCAAAAAAUCUAAAUAUCUACCCCAAAAAAAUGAAAAACUUUUCAGUCUUUCUAUUCGUUUUUAGUCUUUGCAUGCUUGACCAUGUAUCUGGCUCUGGAAUAUGGAUCGCGAACGAACUCAAAUUCAAGAAAAUUCUCUGGAUUAGAUGUUAUUCCAAAGAUGACAAAUUUGGUCCACAAGAAAUACCAAUCGGACAACAUGAAUUUACAGCAUUCAAGCUUUCCGGUUUUAUGGAUCAUGGAAGCCUAUGGGACUGGAGAGCAAGAGAAGAUGGAAUCUAUUUAAAUAAAGGUGACCAACAUAUUAGUAAUCCGGUUAAUUUGCAAAAAGUGUAUGAUUGGAAGACAGAUUAA